AUGUCGAUGUAUACUGGCUCGCCGAGCUCGAAAGGCAAGAACAAGCGCGCAAUAGACGAAAGUCCUCCAGCUACCGACCGACCCCAACAGCCAUCCAAGAUCGACAGUAAUGCGCCCCGCAUCCUCCGCCGCUAUCAACACCGCCGUCGCAAUGUCGCUACUGAGGUAUGGGGCCCCGAAAUACCUUCUACAACCUCACCCCGAGCCUUCGCCGAUGCACCAGCCCCAAAACAGCCUUUCAGCGUCUACAAGGCUAUCCUUCGACAUCCGAACCUCUUCUUCCAGUUUGCGCUCCGCCUGCCUUACCCUUCCAUCAUCGACCUCUAUGCCAUCGACAAAGAGUUUCAUUAUCGCUUAAAUCUAUACAGUGUCUCCCUGAUACACGACUAUGCUCGCUACCAUGCACCGCUCGCAGGUUACAUCUUCAGCUGGGUACUGUAUCCACGACUAUGCAUUUCAGACCCUAUGCUCAGACCCAUGGACGGACGAGAGUGGCUGGCGCGCGAUGUACCGGGUUUUCGCUGGGUGGGCAUGAUACUCUGGCGCCAAAAGAUUGUACGCAGUAUUCUCACAACACUAGGUUUGGAAGGUCAUCGCGUACCGGCCAGCUGCGAGGGUGCGCUGAUGAAGUUCUGGGGUCUGAUGGAGUUAAACACCACGAAACUGCGCCUUUCCUUCCUCGAUGACGCGGAUAUCUGGACAGACAUCGAUAUCAUCAGCAUUCAGCUCUUCUUCGUCAAACUCGACAUGCGCUUCUCCGACCCAAUUCUCGGGAACGGCGUCUGUCAGCUAGGAUCGCUGCUGCUUGGCCAGAGAAGUUUGGAAACGCUGUGGAAAGUGUUGAGCGGAAAGUUGAAGUUGGACUAUGACAACACGAGCGACAUCGUCGUGAAGACGUACCUCAACGAAGAUCUUGACGUCGAAGCACAUCCCUGGCUCGAAGACGAAGGCGAUACUGGCGUUCCAGAGGAGCUGUGGGGUCUGCUGAGUCUUGAAGGCUGGCACGAGGACGGCGUACAAAUGAUGCAUGCCGUAGAUCUGGUCAUCACUGAGGGUGUGAGAAGAGGGCUCAAUGUGCAGCAGCACUACCUAGACUUUGUCCUUUACGGUUGGGUAGAUGAGAAAACUGGGGAGAAUGUCCCGAUACCAAGGCAGUUGAGGAAGGACAAAAAAGUAAUAAUGCCGAGUAAAGGCUGGCCGUCAAAAGAAUUACGACAGGAUAUGAUCGAGAAGCUGGACGUGCGCUUUGGGUUAAGGGGAGGAGACGAUGGCAAUGCGAUGGACCUGAGCACUUGA